AUGUGCAGACGAGCAAGCUCGAAUAAGGACGAGGAACAUCGGACCGUUUGGUGCUUGGAUGGUCAAGUAACCAGGGAUAACCACCAACAAUUCAAUGAGAUCAAUACUGGUCGUACCAUAUCCGAUUCCUUUUCGGUAACACCAGCUAGACUCGAGUACCCAACCUCGCUAACGUACUAUUUACUAUCCAUAAUCUUAUUACCGUGUCAUGAAUGUUGUUUGCAUGUGUUUGUUGCAUUGAUCUUCCCAGAACGUGUGUGGUUGUGUUCGGGAAGGUGCUGCGAAUGGAAUGCUGCGUUGAAGAUUGGAAACUGCUGA